AUGAUACUUCAAAACAAAGAAGAAAAAGAAAAAGAGCAAGAACAAGAUAAUUAUAAGUUCCGUUCUAAUAUCGAGGUUCACCAAUUCAGUGACCUGGCAGAUGAUGUGGAGAUUUAUGAAGAUAGGCAUCCUGUGUCAAACCAAAUGGAUGAAUUGAAUCCUGAUGAUUUAGGGGAGCCUACAGAUGAAGAACUGAAGACCCUAAGAAGGAUUGUUGGAUCAGUUCCAACUGUCUCUUAUCUUAUUUGCUUGGUUGAGCUUGCUGAAAGAGGUUCUUACUAUUCUGUGUCCGAAAUAUUGACUAACUUCAUCCAAAGACCAUUACCACCAGGAAGUAGUACAGGAGCACCUUUAAGUAGAACACUGAAUGAAUCAGCAGGUGCCUUAAAUAUGGGACUACAAGUUGCCUCAGCGUUGAACUUAUUAUUAUCUUUCUUAGCCUACGUCAUCCCAUUGUACGGCGGAUAUGUAGGUGAUUCUCAACUUGGACAGUUUAAAGCAAUCUGGAUUGGAAUAAUAGCUGGCUUUAUUUCACAUGUCCUUUUUACUAUUGCCGGUAUUCCUAAUGUACUUGGAAGUAGUAAGGCAAUAGCUCCCACGAUAUUGGGAAUCAUCACAUUAGCCAUAGGGACUGGAUUUAUAAAGCCAAAUCUACUUCCUUUACUUUUAGAUCAAUAUCCACAUAAGACUGACUUGGUGAAAAUGUUACCAUCUGGAGAAAAAGUUAUCAUUGAUCGUGAGCAAUCACUACAAAGGAUGACUUUGAUAUUUUACUGGGCAAUAAAUGUUGGGGCCUUUUUUCAAUUAGGGGCAUCUUACGCUGAAAGAAGGGUAGGCUUUUGGCUAGCGUUUUUCUUUCCGACAAUAAUGUAUCUCAUUUUACCCAUAGUAAUGUUCAUUUUGAGUAAGCGGUUACAUAAAAAAAAACCAGAAGGAUCAGUUCUUACUAACUCGUGGAGGAUACUUGUGGUAACAAUAGGUGGUAUUUUAACAGGGAAGGUAAAAAAAAAUCGUAUAUGGGAGUACGCUGUACCUUCAGAAAUGAUAAAUAGAGGGAGAUUGUUCUACAAUGAAAAAAAGAAAAUUCCUAUCACCUGGAACAGUCAAUGGGUCUCCGAUGUCAAACAGACACUCGAUGCUUGCAAAAUUUUUCUUUAUUUUCCUAUAUUUACCAUUAAUGAUGGGGGUAUUGCUUCUAUAGAGACAUCUCAGGCUGGUUCUAUGACAACAAGAGGUGUACCGAAUGAUCUAUUCGACAAUUUCAAUCCAUUGACAAUUAUAGUUCUUUUACCAACUCUCAAUUAUAUCGUGUACCCUUUACUAAGGAGGUAUAAAUUACUGUUCCCUCCCGUUUACCGAAUAUCCUUUGGGUUCAUGUUAGCUGCAUCUUCGCAGUUAGCAGGAGCAAUAUUCCAGUAUCAAGUUUAUAAAAAAUCACCAUGCGGUUAUUAUGCUACUACUUGCGACGAGGUGUCUCCAGUUAGUGCCUGGAAAGAGGUAGCCUUGUAUAUUCUAGGAGCGUCUGGUGGAGCCUUUGCAAUGACAACCGCAUAUGAAAUUUCGUAUACCAGGUCACCUCCGCAAAUGAAGGGACUUGUGAUGGCCAUGCUCCUAUUCACAUCUGCAAUAUCGGCAGCAAUAUCACAAGCAGUUACACCUGCUUUGAAAGACCCUUACCUAAUUUGGCCCUUUGCUGCUUGUGCUAUUGCAGGGUUCUUGUCAGCAAUUCUAUUUAUUUUACAAUUCAGAAACCUCGAAACAACCCCCAAUAGGUUCAAUAAAGCAUAA